AUGGAUGUUCAUUUUUUGUGCCUUCUCCUUCUCUCUACUACACUCUUGACACUCUCCCACUCCGCCGCCGCCGCCACCAAUGACACCGCCGCUCUCUUCCUCUUCCGCUCUCAAACGGACCACCAUGGCACCCUCCUCUCCAACUGGACCACAACCACCAACAGCACCACCGCAUGCACGGCCAAUUGGGUUGGUGUAAAGUGCAUUAACAACCGUGUCACUGCCCUCUCCCUCCCCUCCCUCAACCUCCGUGGUCCAAUUGAUUCCCUCUCCUCCUUAGAUCAGCUCCGCCUCCUCGACCUCCAUGAUAACCGCCUCAACGGCAGCCUCGCUCCUACCACUCAGUGCCUCAAUCUUAAGCUCAUCUACCUGUCUAGCAAUGAUUUCUCCGGUGAAAUACCACCGGAAUUAUCCUCUCUCCGCCGUCUCCUCCGCAUUGACCUAUCCGACAACAACCUCAGAGGCGCCAUUCCCACUCAAUUCUUCAAACUCUCCCGCUUGCUCACUCUUCAUCUCCAGGACAAUGAACUCUCAGGGACUAUCCCCGAGUCCCUUGGCUCACUUCCACAGCUGAACGACUUGAACUUGUCGAACAAUAUGCUCUACGGAAUGGUACCACAGAUCCUUAUAUCUCGGUAUGGCGAAGCUAGCUUUUCAGGCAAUGAAGAAUUGUGUGGGACUAGUCCUUUGCCCCAGUGUUCAUACACCGGUGUAUCACCGGCUUUUGCGCAAACAGUGCCAUCAAAUCCCAGCUCUUUUCCUUCGUCAGUCCAAGAACCAAAUAAGCAUAACAAGAGACUUAGCAGCGCAUCAAUAGUAGCAAUUGUGGUGGCAAAUUCAGUUAUCCUAUUGGUGAUUACAUCAUUUGUCAUAGCAUACUACUGCAGAAGGCAAUCCAGUAAUGCCAAAUCAAUGACAGGGAGUGAUGGUGGCACAAGGCGAAGCAGUUAUUCCGGUGAAAAGAGAGUGUAUGCUAAUAGUGGCGGAGGUGGAGAUAAUGAUGGCACUAACGGUACUGAUAAGAAUAAACUGGUGUUUUUCGAUAGGAAAAAAGAGUUUGAGCUGGAGGAUUUGCUUCGUGCAUCGGCUGAGAUGCUCGGAAAAGGGAGUUUAGGAAGUGUUUAUAAAGCUGCUCUUGAUGAUGGACUUACUGUGGCAGUGAAACGGUUAAAGGAUGCAAAUCCAUGUUCGAGGAAGGAGUUUGAACAGUAUAUGGAUGUGAUUGGGAAGCUUAAGCAUCCCAAUAUUGUGAGGUUCAGAGCUUACUAUUAUGCAAAGGAAGAAAAAUUGUUAGUCUAUGAUUAUCUCCCUAAUGGCAGCUUAAAUUAUCUUCUUCACGGAAAUAGAGGACCAGGGAGAAUUCCAUUGGAUUGGACUACCAGAAUCAGCUUGAUUUUGGGGGCGGCUCGAGGGCUUGCCAUAAUACAUGAACAGUAUGCAGCCUUGAGAAUUCCUCAUGGGAAUGUGAAAUCAUCCAAUAUAUUACUUGAUAAAAAUGGUGUUGCUUGCAUUUCUGAUUUUGGAUUGUCAUUACUUUUGAAUCCUGUUCAUGCAAUAGCCAGAUUGGGAGGAUACAAAGCACCAGAACAGACAGAAAUCAAGAAACUGUCUCAAAAGGCAGAUGUAUAUAGCUUUGGAGUUUUAUUGUUGGAAAUCCUUACUGGCAGGGUUCCAUCACAGUACCCUUCACCGGCAUCUCAUUCGGUCAAUGAGGUGGACGAGGAAUGGACCGCAGUUGAUUUGCCUAAAUGGGUUCGAUCUGUAGUCCGGGAUGAAUGGACGGCUGAAGUGUUUGAUCAAGAACUGUUGAGGUACAAGAAUAUUGAGGAAGAACUGGUGUCAAUGCUGCAUGUAGCAAUGGCUUGUGUAGUGCAACAGCCUGAAAAUAGACCAACGAUGAGUGAAGUGGUUAAAAUGAUAGAAGAGAUUAGAGUGGAAGAAUCUCCGUUAGGAGAUGAUUAUGACGAAUCGCGUAAUUCUCUCUCACCCUCACUUGCCACCACUGAAGAUGGAUUGGUUUAG